AUGUUCGAGACCGUCAUGGGCGCCGUCAUUGCCUUCAACAUUGGCAUCAUGGUCAUCGAGACGAAUGCCGACGCCACUUGCUAUUCAGACUCUGAAAGCACGUAUGACGACCUUCGAGACUGCUCCUCGGGUAGCUACAGCUUGCGGUGGCUGCAAGCGGUGAACAUAACCUUGCUCGUCAUCUACACGGUGGAGUGCUUCGCACGCGCCUUCGUGGAGCGCAGCAUGUACUUCUGGAACCGGUGGAACCAAAUCGAUCUGCUCACGGUGGUUCUUGGCUGGGCUGGCGUCGUGCUGUCCACCGCUGUGAAGAAUCUCAACGUCCUCCGGCUCUUCCGCGUGGUGCGUUUGAUGAGAGCUGCCCGAGUGGUGAUCUCCGUCCCGGAGUUCUACAUCCUAGUCAGUGGGCUUAGCCACUCCUUGAAAGCCAUCGUCUUCGGGUCCAUCAUGCUGCUGGCGGUCAUUCUCGUCUGGGCCAUCAUUGCAGUGGAGGUGCUGCACCCUUGCAAUGUGCUGAUCGACUACCCAUCCUGUCCUCGCUGUCAGGCAGGCUUUGACAGCGUCCAGAGUGCAGCGCUCACGAUCUUUCAGCAGAUUGUGGCAGGAGACUCAUGGGGUGAGAUCUCACUGCCGCUGGCGGAGAGGUUUCCCUGGACCGUGCCCGUGCUCUUCCUGAGCGUGAUGACCAUCUCCUUGGGCGUCAUGAACUUGAUCUUGGCCGUCAUCGUGGAACGGGCCGCGGAAGCGCGGGAGAAUGACCAGACCCGGAAGAUGCAGAAGAAGGAUGCGGAGCGCGAGAAGCACAUGGUGGAGCUGGCACUCCUGUGUGACCCGGCUGAAAUCAGGUCUCUCAAGCCUCGGUGGGGUUUAGGGUUUAGGGUUUAG